GUCUAGCACAAUCAGCAUCAGCACGCUUGUUGGCUUGUUUCAAAACGCACUUUCGCAAGUGUAAACGGGCCAUGGAACUAGCGGCGUGAAGACACUGACACACUGCAGUCAUGACCUGAUCUAGAAAGACACCUUUUAUCGGAUUUUACAAUCUUUUAGAUAUUAGACCGUCUAUUUCCGAGAUCAAGCUUGUUUGGAAAUUUUACGUGAAAUGACGCACAACUCUUCUAGCAGUCAACCAAUGUGUAUUGGUUUGCAGAACAAGUUGGCAGAAAAUUUAGAAAACCUAUCAGGCCCCAUGGAGAUUCAAGGACAGGAAGCGGGAAUUUGGCUUUCGGUGUCAAAAUUGCAACAGCUUGUAUCUUCCUUACCAAAGACACAAAAAAUGGAGUGUGAUUUCCAAAGAAUCAGCCCAGCAACAUUUCCAGAGACAAGAUUGGCUGAUAUGUUGGCUGAAACAAAUCUCAGUUCCUCAGCACCCAGUACAAAUUGUGUGUCAAUACCACCAAUUGGCGUUUUUUGGGACAUCGAAAAUUGCCAAGUUCCAAAUGGAGUCUCUGCCCUGUCUGUGGUUCAGUUUGUAAGGGAAACUUUUUUCCAAGGUUAUCGUGAAGAGGAGUUUGUUGUUGUUUGUGACGUUACAAAAGAAAAUAGCCAAGUUAUUCAAGAGUUGAACGCAGCACAAAUCGACUUGGUGCAUGUGGCAUCUAUUUGUAAAAAUGCAGCUGACGAGAAAUUAAGGCAAUCCAUGCGCAGGUUUGCAGAAAGACAUGGGCGUCCUGCUGCCGUUGUACUUCUUUCUGGUGAUAUUAAUUUUGCAUCAGACCUGAGUGAUAUAAAAUUUAGGAAACAGAUCAGAGUUAUUCUCUUACACCCGACAAACACCAGUGAUGCUUUGAUAAUGUGCUCCGAUGAGCAUUAUAAUUUUGUUGAUUUGGCAAAAAGCUUGCCACAUCGGUCUAUUAAGGGCACCGUUAGUGUACCAGAUCCUUUUGACCUAAUGAUAAGGAAUUUGCCAGAUAGCAAGGUGCAUGGCACAAAUCGAACGAGGCAAAGACUGAGGCAGCUUUCGUAUAAUUGUGGAGGAAAAGUGAUUAAUGUAUCAAGAUUUGACGCUCUUUUGAGAUUUGCUAGUCAUGAAGCAGCUGCAAGAGCUCGUGUACGAAUGGAUGGGGAAGAUGUCCUUGGCCAGAGAAUACAAGUCAGUAAACCACAGAUAGCAAGAAGCGCUAGUGCUGGAGCAGAAAAUAAAGCCUGUCUAACAGAAGGCGUGAAAAUGUCUCUUCAGAACUUCCCUGUUGGCUUUCUGCCUCAUGUGCCUCCACCUAUGCGCCAGUUUACUUCGGCAGCCACCGGAGCCUUCAGUCAAGCUACUUCACAGCAAGCUCCGUCCUUGGCAACUGCUUCCGAAAUGUUCAACUAUGCUCUUGUGCCACCGCCAGCAAUGGCCAUGCCUCCACCACAGCCAUCAUUCUCACAAGUACUUGCCUCUGGACAGUCCAAUAAAAAGCGGACCAUAUCUCCUAGCAUGGGCAGCAAAAACGGCAAGGGAAGAGUGAGCCCAUUUCCAGUUCGAGCUGACGCAGAUGGCUCAGAACAGUCCAAAGCAAGUGGUUCUGCUACUGCUGACAGGUCAGAGAGUCCUGUUGAGCUACAGAUUGCUAACCUUGACUUCAACAUGGACACAAAAGAAGUUCGUAAAACUUUGUUGGAGGCAUUCAAAGAGCACGUGACGGUGCUCAACGUGUCUGUGUUCACUCAGUCAGAUGGUCAGCUUGGAGCCAGAGUAAAAGUACCUUCAAAGAACGACGCUCAGGUGGCCAUAGCUGCCCUCCACAGGAAGCGGAUUGGCAACCGCCGGGUUCGCAUUACCAUGUCUAACCAAACCCGAGGUGUCUCUGUCAGUCCCUCGUCUCAGCUAGUGAGGGACAAUGUUAAAACUUUGCUUAUGGAUGUACCUGGACUUACCCUGCCUUUAUUCAAGCUUUGCGAGCUUUAUGAACGCAGAUUUCUCUCUUCAGUCAGCUUGUCAGAGUUGAACCGAAUGCGAGACUUGGUCAGUAUUACUGGCAGUUCAAACGCUGGCAGAACCAUCUCUCUCUUGCCCGAUGCUCGCAGGUCAAUCACUCCCUCUUUCUUGGAGAUGGCUGAGUCGGCUUUAAAGAAUGGACACCCCUCUGAGUUGCCAUAUUGCCCACGCCACUGCAAGCAAACGGGCCAAACAGGUUGGGCAGAUAUAAGCCUGGAGCCACUUCCAAAUAUUCGAGUUCGUCUCUUGGAAUUCAGCAGCCAGAUCUACCAGCUUCUGCAGUCACACAAUGGCUCUAUGUCACUCUUCAGUUUGCCAUUGUGCUAUGAAGCUGAAAUUGGUAAACUGGAGACUUACUCUCAUGGUGUUCCUCUUGAGCACCUCGUCACUUGGGUGCACGGAGUUGUCUUGAAGUCAUCUCCAAAUGGAGGCUGCUCCAAAAUGCUUUGCUGGGGCGAGAGCACUCCUGCUCACCAAUGCCCUGUUCAGUCAUUCGAUGAACCAUGCACCACCGAGGUCGCCCUUGACAGGGCCACAUCUCCUGCUCAACUCGCAGCUCAGCUGGCCCUCUUCGGAAGGGAGGUGGUGGAGUUGCUGAGGGGCGCAACCCACUGCCAAAUACAGUUCACCAAGUUCAUUCCUUCCUACCACCAUCACUUUGGACGACAGUGCCGAGUCGCCUCGUAUGGCUUCACCAGGCUGAUUGAUUUGCUCGAGGCCAUUCCAACAGUCAUUCAGGUUAUUGGUGAAGGAGAGAACAGAGUUGUUGUCCUUGCCCAACAAGCUCAGGUUCGUCGCUUCACUUCUGAUCUGAUUCGAAUUUUGAAAGCUCAAACCAAGAGGCAGGCUAUUUUGAGCGAGCUGCCUGAUAUGUUCACCAAGACGUUCAGCAAAGAUUUUGAUCCAAUCAAUUAUGGCUUGUGUUCCUUUUUGGAUUUGGUUCACUCUGUGCCACCUAACACCAUUGUGUUUGAGCCACCAAUUCAAGAGGGCCAGCUACCCUCUCAGAACACAAUCCUGUCCUUGCCCAAGAGGGAACAAACUGCUGAGGAGGCUGAAAGGACUCGUCACUUUGCAAAAGAGGUUGUGAGCCUCCUGAGAAAUGCUCCUCGUUGUGCUAUACCAUUCAACAAAUUCAUCCCUGCCUACCAUCAUCACUUUGGACGUCAGUGUCGUCUCUCAGAUUUUGGUGUUACCAAACUUACUGAAUUACUGAUUGCUGUUUCUGAUGUUGUUGAAAUAAAAGAUCUACCCAACGGAGAACGCCACAUCAUUUUGUCUCUGCUGGAGCGUCAGAGUGUUCUCGCAGACCAGCUGAGGCACCUGCUCUUGCGCCACGGCGGCCGCAUGCUUCUUGACCAAAUCAACGCCAGCUACCAACAUGAGCAUGGAGUUGCUCUCGAUCCAGAAAAAUAUGGAGCCACUAAUCUUUUUGACUUAGUCAACAACAUUUCCUCUUGGCUGCAAGUUGUCAGCUCCAGUAAAGGACCAUGUGUCCAAAUCGUCAAGCAAGUCCAGAAUUUGAAAGUGCGAGUGCUGUUCAUCCUGAUGGAAGAAAACCCUCGGGCCACCAUGAAAAUUGAUGACCUGCGUUUGGGCUACGAAAAGAUGUACGAAAGCACCCUGAGCAUAUCCGAUUUGACCAAUUUGGACAAGAUGUUGUCUUUGGACAGAGACAAGGUGACACUGACGCCAAUCUACAAGUGUGCUGCCCAGAUAUUUGCUGUGAUCUACGAGCAAAAAGAGCCAGUUCCUCUGAACAACCUGUUCAACUUGUUUGUAGUCAAGUGGGGAAAACCACUGAAUACCGCUCAGUACGGCCAUUCGUCAGUGACAGCUUUGCUGAAUUCGAUUCCUGAAGUUUUCAGCGUCACUGGAAAGGCCAACAAACGGAUGGUCUCAAUUCAACAGUUCCUGGAAGAUGCAAAACCAUCUUUGAAGUCAUCAUCUAAGUCGCAGACACAAGUGAUGCCAGCAUUUAACAAUAACACUCUCAGCCAUCAAACGCCAGGUGCUGCUGGAGGAAGUGAUUCGGACUUUGGCUCGAUUACUUGGGGAUCUCUUCUACCCACACCCAAUGCUUCCCAGCAAUCUCAGGGGUUGCCUUUUGCUCCUCAAUCUUGCAUGCCUUGGAUUGGAAAGCCAUUAGGCCUGCAGCCCACUAAUUACUUCAAGGACAUGGGCGUUCAGAACGGAGGAAUUUGGCCUGCAGCUGCCAUCAAUCCAAUGAGUUCUUGGUCUCCACCAAAGGCUUAUCCGCACCGCCAAUCUCCUGACUUGAGUUCUUUGCCCUUGCCUACCUUGGAUCUCACUGCCAAAGUUUCUGAGGCUCCUUUGGACCUCUCUGAUUCAGGCAUUGGGCACUCUUCGCCUUUGUCUUCGAGACGUCGUUCUCGCUUGGCUGCCAACUUUAGCAACCCCAUUGAUUUGCAUUGAGGAUUUAAUGUGAUGAGUAUUGCUGCACAAAUUGUUUAAAAGGACAGGGAUAAUUUUAAAUGUUUCGUCUUUUUUUAAAGUAAGCUCUUCAGUUUCCUUAAAAGAGCUUCUUAAUAGAAAAGAGUUUUUGUAUUCUCUUAGCGCAUUACAGUGGUCUGCCGUUUUGGUUAUUAUUUUAACGUCUGUGUUACGUUUUCGUACUUAAAUUAUAUGAAGACUGAAAACCUCCCAAAAAUUAAUGUCCUGGCCUUUGCUGCAGAUUGUGUUGAAUUUUUCAGGAGUUACUUAUAUUAUGAAAGCUAUUUGCCUGGAGUAAUUGGUCCCAAAAUUAUUUUAUUACAUGAGUCUGACCAAGUGUUUUUAUAAGAAGGUUAUUAUCACCGUAACUUACUCAAUCGUAGAGUAUCCCCUUCAAGUACAUUUUUUGUACAGGAUUACAUGACCUGUUUAUUAUGUACUUCAAAUCUUAAUAUUGUAACAAGCCCCCCUUUGAUUUUAUUUACUUGAAAGGGUAAAGUGAAAAAUGAGUGCAAAUGUUCCAUCGAUGUUCAUCAUCUCUGCCAAGAAUGAACAAUAGUAUAUUUAACAAUAAUUGAAAGUAUUCCCUGUCCUAAAUCAAUGUUUUAAGAAAAGCAAAAUAUAUAUCUAUACUUUUUCUACAA